UCCUGGGGCUAUGUAAACACGUGCUGACAGUCAACUAGAAGAAAACAUUAUUUGAUAGCCCGGGAAUUGUUCAAGCUGUGAAUGAAUUUAAAGACGUGUCGAAAACUUAACGUUGCUUGGCGAGGAAGGUUCGUCUUGUACGAGACUGAGCACAGGAGUCUCUGUACACCGGAAUUGUGGAUGAAGGUGGCUCCCGAUUAAUCUAUCUUUCCAUGGUGAGGUAGAGAAGUGGAUGAGUCUGAAGUGAUUUAGAUACAGGAGACUGGUUUUAUGAGUCAAUUCCAGCGGACAUUACUAUUUAUCUCCAUUUAAAUUGUCAAAUGGAUUUGUUUGGAUUUGCAAUCUAAUCCUUGACAAAUCGGUGACACUUAACUUGAGGAAAUUGAAAGAGCGUCAUAUGUAUUAUAAGGCUUAACCUUACCUUUAUUUAGACAGCUUGGUGAUUAUAUGAAUUUUCUAACAAUCUGAUUACUGGGAGAUAGAGAAAUGGAAACUGAUAACACGGCUAAAGGUGACAACACGAAUGGUUGCGUAGUGACGGAUGACGGAAACUGUGAGGGUAAUAUGUUGGAUGGUCGAUCUCGAUGUCACUUGCUGAAACGAUCUGAGAGCUUGCGGACGAGAAGACUUGGGCGGAUUGCUGUCCCCACGAUCACUGUCCAGGGAGCCGACGAUAGCAAUGUUGAGCCGAAGUGCGUGAGUAAAUUUACCAAAUCACAUUCUCUAGAUGAGGGCAUGGAGGAAAGUUUCAAACCCGGCCUAGAGUUCAACAUUGUUGUUUCUCCCAAAAAACUUGUCUCCUUGUCGAAAACCACUUUUGGGAAAAACUUGAAAAAGGCCGAAAUGUUGACCAGUGUUAAAAUCAAUGGCGUAGGAAUUUCCCAUCUGGAUGAAGUAGAUGGAACCAAAAAUCAAAUGAUGAAAGAUGUUGAUUCAGACCAGGAAAAUGUUCCAAAUGGGAGGAAAGUUAUGCUUGAUUUAGCUGAUAAACUCCCAGAGAGGAGGACUUCAGUUCCAAGAGCAAGAAAGACCUCCGCUCAGUCGAUCGCUCCAGUCAGACGCUUGUCGCCAGUUCCAAAACGUGUCCCAGAUGCUGCAGAGCGGAAGCAGUCCUUAACGAAUCUGAUGGACUCUGGGAAGAAACGUCGUGAUUCGGUUGCCGCUUUGCCGUCAGCUAAAUCCUUCAUCCCGCCAUCCACAAAACAUCGUCGGCUGAGUUUAGCUCCAACUCCGUCGAUACCACGACGACGAAGCAGCGUCAAAGACACACUUUCAUCUUAUGUUGGACCGUCCGGGAAGGAUGGACAUACGAAGCGCGUGCGUGAACUGUUAACAAACAAUGGCUUACCGUUCGGACUUGAUCAGGAAGAACUUAAAAAUAUUCAGAUUGUGAAAGAUCAAAUAGACGUGUCCAUCCCUAUUUUCAACGUCACUGAAACUAAAAUCUGCUUCACUGACAUCAAGACCAUUGAGGAUGCCAUCAGGCAUCUCCGACCGGAUGUCACGGUACUCAAAUCUCCCCCGACAAAUGACGAUGGGAAGGGGAAAAAUGAUCAUCAUGGUGCUCUGCCCAUGCAAGACAAACCAGACAAAAUGCACGAAAAGAUGCCAGGGAUGGGCCUGGCCGCUAUCACGGAGGCAGAACCAUCUACAACCAGAGAUGAGGCUACCCACAGCAACAGUCCAGACAACAUGCUCGACAAGAUCCCCGGACAAGGCUUGACGGUUAUUACCGAGGACCAGCCAAAACGGUCGAGAAAAGAUUCAACAAAUGACGAACUUAAUACAAAUGAGCGCAAGUUUUCAAUCCGGACAUGUGUGAAGCGCAUGCGUGAGGAUACGGAGGACUACGAGCGGCAGUUGCUGGGAUGUAAAAGUGUUGGGACAUAUGCCAGCAUGGAGACGCUGCAUGUGCUGUUAUCCAAACAGGACGCCAUCCGCUGUGUGCUGGAGGCGAUGAACACGUUUCCUGACAAGGCGGAACUGCAGUUCAGCGCAUGCGCAUCACUCCUACAAAUGGCAUCGGCGUCAGAGGCCAAUUGUUACAUCAUCCAGCAGAAUCAAGGCAUCCCUGUGCUGCUGACGGUAAUGAAGAGCUACUCGGAGAAUGUCCGCCUCAUCCGGAUCCUGCUCAACAUCAUCGGCUAUAUCUCCUCAAGUGAUGAAUUGUCCGUGCAGCUGCUACAAUACGGCUGUCACUCGCAAGUCCUGGGGGCCAUGUCGCAACAUGCUGAUGACAACUCUAUUAUAAAACAAUGCCUCUUUAUUCUUGGCAACCUUGUCACAACAGUUGAAACCGCCAAGCAGAUCAUGCUUGUGGGCGGGGUUCACACCGUCAUUGACAUGAUGGAAACAUUCCCGGAUGAUGUCGACAUCUUGGAAAAUGGCUGUCGUGCCUUGGGGAGCUUUGCGGCUUAUGAUGAUACAUGUCUGGACGUUGGUCAGGCCGGAGGCACCAGAUCGGUCUUGGACGCUAUGACGUCAUCACCGGACAAUGUUUGUGUCCUUGAGUGUGGCUGCUGGGCACUUGCUUGUCUCUCUACCAUGGCCGACUCCUGUGAGGAGAUGCAUCAGCUGGACGGGGUGUACGCCCUACUGGCCACCCUGGAGGAACACCCGGAGGAGGAGAGCCUGCAGGAGUAUGGGGUCAGAACCAUCUGUAACCUGGCGGCGCUCGAGACGACGAUACAGUCGGUGUCGACUGAGAGGGUGUUGUCGAUCUUACAGCGGCUCAUGUCACAGUUCUCCGACAACGUGGAGCUUCAGGGUCAAGUCAUGUUCGCCCUCAGCCAGAUUGCGAUGUGUGGAGAUGAAAUGCAGCAUUGUAUCCUGAGGAAGGGAGGUGUGCGGUCAGUCGUGACCAUCAUGGACGUACACCCAGAGGACAUUGCCAUUCAAGAGCAUGGUUGUAGAAUCCUGGGGAAUUUGGCUGUCAAUGAAACCAUCAGACGUCAAACGGAAGAAGAGGGCGCCUCUCGCGUGGUGAUCGCCGCCAUGUUGGCUCUUGACACGUGCGAGGAUAUACAGGAAUAUGGCUGCAUGGCGCUGAUGAACCUCACUGCUGACAUUAAAGUCAACAAAAUCCGUGUUAAGAAUAAUGGCGGUGUCCUUGCGCUUCUGAGUUCUCUCAAAAAUUUUGACAGUCGUCCAAACAUCAUCUUGUCGUCACUGAAGACACUGGGCAACAUCGUCGAACUUGACGAGGUAUGCCGGCUUGUGAUGGACGAACGUGGACUGCGGACAGUGGUGGACAUAGCACGUGGUCACAGCGUCGAUCAUGACAUUCAGGUGUUUGCCGCCAUGGUGCUUUGUGGGCUCUCGCGACUGAAAAAUCUGAGCACAGAGGAGGUUGAGAUGAUUGACAGGACGAUGACGAGGAUGUUGUCACUGCCGUCGCUGGACGCUGACAUCACGUUGUUCGUUUGUCAGACGUUCGAGAACCUUCUAAAUACAGAGCGCGGUAUGCACGUGUUUAUGUCCGGGAAGAGACUCGAUGUGAUACUGACCACGAUGCAGAAAUUCAGUGCCCACCCCGAGAUCCUUCAGUGCGGCUGUAAAAUCAUCGCUGUUGUAGCACUGGAUGUCCGCCAUGAAAUGACAACAGACGCUGUAAGGAGUGUACUUCACGCAAUGAAAACAUACAGCGACUCCAAGGAUUUGCAGAUUGUGGGAUGUGGAGCUCUGUCAUGCAUCAGUGAAAACAAUGGAUCACUGGCGGCGUUCGUGCUAGAAAACGAUGGAGUGCUGCGCAUCUCAGACGCUUUAGAUCUGCACCCAGGGGAAGAUCGCCUCCACGCUGUGGCACUCAUGGCUCUCGCUAACCUCUCGCCCGUCGAAUCAUCUCGAAACCCAGCUUUGUUUCAUACAAUCCAAGAUCUCGUCUACGGCGCGAUGGCGAGAUUUCCCGAGAAUUUAGAGAUUCAAAUCUGUGCCUGCAGCGCCAUCGCUCAGUGUAACCCCACAGCGGGCAACAAAUCGUCUGAGUUCCUGGAGGCUCUCAAAUACACGAUGAGGAGACACGGCGGGAAGGAGGAGAUUCACAUCCCCCUGGCUAAGGCUCUCAAGUGCUUCUGGCGAGGCGGACAAAAAGGUGUUAUCACGAAAAUACUGGACACAAACCCAGUUUUCCAAAACGUAUUCACUGCAGAACUACAGGAAGCGGAAGUGGUCUGCGUUAGGUAAAAGUGACAGAGUGAGGAGGAUGAGAAACUGUAAAAAAGGUAGAAGAUCUACGAACUGAAUCAGGAUAUGAUGCUUGAAAACACUGGGUGUGAAUCCGGCGUACAUCUUCACAUCUUGUUUUUAACGUUUCUACCCGCAUUAAAGAUGAUUAUCUUCAGUCAGUCAAUACAAAGUAACGAUCGGGUUAUAGCUGAUCUCACAAGACAUUUUCUGUACAUUUUCAUAAUAGGAAACAACUUGACAGUGUUGCAUUGUAGUUAGUGUUGAGCAGUGUUGUGCAGUGUUGAGCAGUGUUGAGCAGUGUUGGAUAGUGUUAGGUGGACAACUCAACACAGAUUAGGAGAAAACAAUACGGCUGUACUUUGUUCUCGUGUACAUACUCGCGGAAAAAAGAAAGCGUGCAUGUGUCUUACCCCCAGUGCAUUAUCGAAACUUCAUUGUUUCAAAGAAUCAUGUUUUAAUUGUGUUUAGAAGCUUAGUUAAGGAUGUUUAGUUUUCAAUUUCACGUGAUGCCUCACAGUUUUGGUGUUUCAUGCACAUUUCAUGGUUACAUUUAUGUUAUUUCAAUUCACUUGUGUUCCUAAACAUUGACGUGAAGCGACAAAAACCAAAGACGACGACUUCUACUGACGCUAGUGUGUGUUGUACACAGAUCAGUCUUGAUAGCAAUAAAAUACUUUUAACCAAAAUCACAAUAGCUGCUAUUACCUUAAUAUGAUAACGGUUAGGCGUUUGCUGAUAUAUAUUGUAUUCGUACGGUGAUAAUCGUCGUAAUCCGGACGAUACCUUUCUCAGUGAAGUUAUCUGGAUUUAACAGUAAUGAAUAACAAAUCUAGAUAACUACUCGUGUACGAAGAAUGUUCCUUUCAAUAGUGUAUAGACGCAUAUAAGGCACACAAAAUGCGUUAUAGCGAAGUUGAUGAAGACCAAAAUAUAUUAAAAUGUGAAAACUGUGAUUAUAUGGUUAUCAAAGAGAAUACAGUUUUCUUCUGGUUUGCCCUCAUUAUACAGAAAGUAGAAAUAAGUAUCCCGAAUUAUCACAACUACCCCUGGAAGGUGGUUUUAUGGACCAACAGUGUCCGGAUUAACGAGGUUUUACUGUAGAGGAAAGGUUUAGUACUUUUGAUUUGCUUGCCGUGAAAUGCGACUAUGCUUGGAAGAGGCGACUAACGGGAUCGGGUAGUCAGGCUCGCUGUCUUGGCUGAUGCAUGUCAUCGAAUCCAAAUGGCGUGGAUCGAUGAUCAUGAUGUCAAUCACUGGAUUGUCUGGUCCAGACUCGAUUAUUUACAAACCGCCGUCAUAUAGCUGGAAUAUUGCUGAGUGUGGCGUUAAACAAUAAACAAACAAAACACUUACAUUGACUGAUGAAAAUCAUUAUAGUUAGAUUCUUACGUGGGUAUUAUGUUUUAAGCAUGUUGUACACAGUUCUUCUAAGAAUACUUUUAUUACAAUACAAAUGCAUAUCUUGGGUGACGACUGUAACUUGUUACAUGAUGGUGACAGUGACAAUGCAUGAUCAGAUAUUGCCAUAUAUGUAUGAUUGAUGGAGAUGCAUAUUUUCAGUUGCUUAAUAUAUUUGCCUGGUUGAUAUCAACACUUGUUUCUCUGCCGUCCACUAGAACAUUGUGAUAGACUAAUAAACUAUGUCGACUAGU